GGCGCCGCACUCGGAGCGUUGCGGCGCGGCCGUGCCCGCAGCGCGGAGCUGUCCGCGGUGCUGACCGCCGCCGGCCAUGGGCUCCGCGCCGCCGCCCGCACGGCUCCUGCCGCUGCUCGCCGCGCUGCUCGGGGCCACCGCACACGGCUUCAAUGGGCUGGCGAGGAAAGCCGGGGACAGCGCUGAGGCCGAGAGGGAGCCGACGGCGCUGCCCACACCGGAGGAGCGGGAGGCAGAGGCUCGCUUUGUGAGCACAGCGCCCACGCUGAAGCUGCUCAACCACCACCCGCUGCUGGAGGACCUGCUGCACGAAGCCUUCCUCAAGAAGGACUACCUGGGCCAGGCACCGUUCCUGCCUGGGGGCCCUGGUCCCAUCCUGCCCGCUGAUGCCCUGCAGCCAGACCCUGAGCCCCCCCCACGCACCCCUGCCCUGCCCAGGCCUGCCUUCCCCACUGACCCAUUGACCACACCAGCAGGGCACCCAGGCCCAUGGGGGGAUGCGUGGGGGGCUGUACCGGCUGCUGAUCCCUCGUGGUCCCCUGCCAGGGUGCUGGAAUCCAGCCCAACAUCCCCCCCCAGCCAGGCACCCAUCACGCCCGGUACAUCUCCAGGAGCCCACACUGGGGAUGCUGUGGUCCAUGGGGAUGAGGAGGGGAGCACCACCACCUCCACCAUCACCACCACCACUGUCACCACGCUGCAGGGGCCUGCCCCCUGCAAUAGGACGCUGGCGGGUCCUGAGGGCUGGCUGGUGUCCCCGGAGCUGGCCAGUGUCCCCUAUGAUGGCAGCCUGGACUGCACCUACACCAUCUCUGUCUACCCUGGCUAUGGCGUGGAGCUCAAGGUUCACAACAUCAGCCUGGCAGAGGGGGAGACGCUGACAGUGGAGAGCAUGGGGGGGCUGGAGCCCACCCUCCUGGCCAAUGAGUCCUUCCUGCUGCGGGGCCAGGUCAUCCGCAGCCCUGCCAACAUCCUCACCCUGCGCUUCCAGAGCCCCCGGCCCCACAGCCCCAGCUCCUACCACUUCCGAUACCAAGCCUACGUGCUGAGCUGCCCCUUCCCGGCGCGGCCGGCGUUCGGGGAGGUGUCCGUGAGCAGCCUGCACCCCGGCGGGGACGCCCGCUUCCGCUGCGCCACCGGCUACCAGCUCCAUGGCACCCACCGCAUCACCUGCCUCAACGCCACCCGGCCCUUCUGGAGCGCCCAUGAGCCCCUCUGCCUCGCGGCGUGCGGUGGCGCGGUCCGGAACGCCACGGUGGGACGCAUCGUGUCACCCGGCUUCCCCGGGAACUACAGCAACAACCUGACGUGCCACUGGGUGCUGGAGGCGCCCGCCGGACACCGCCUGCACCUCCACUUCGAGAAGGUGUCGCUGGCAGAGGAUGAUGACAGGCUCAUCAUCCGCAACGGCAACAACGUGGAGGCACCACCGGUGUAUGACUCCUACGAGGUGGAGUACCUGCCCAUCGAGGGGCUGCUCAGCACCGGGCGCCACUUCUUUGUGGAGCUCACCACCGACAGCAGCGGGGCCGCUGCGGGCAUGGCGCUGCGCUAUGAGGCUUUUGAGCAGGGGCAUUGCUACGAGCCCUUUGUCAAGUAUGGGAACUUCACGGCCAGCGACCCCCGGUACCCGGUGGGCACCACAGUGGAGUUCAGCUGUGACCCCGGUUACACGCUGGAGCAGGGCUCCACCAUCAUCGAGUGCGUCGAUCCCAAUGAUCCACAGUGGAAUGAGACGGAGCCAGCAUGCCGUGCGGUGUGCAGCGGGGAGCUGACGGAUGCAUCCGGCGUGGUUCUGUCACCCAACUGGCCAGAGGCGUACGGCAAAGGCCAGGACUGCAUCUGGGGGCUGCACGUGGAGGAGGACAAGCGCAUCAUGCUGGACGUCCGCGUGCUGCGGCUGGGCUCAGGGGAUGUCCUCACCUUCUAUGAUGGGGAUGACCUCACGGCGCGCAUCCUGGGCCAGUACACGGGUGCCCGCGGCCGCUUCAAGCUCUACGCCUCCACCGCUGAUGUCACCGUCCAGUUCCAGUCUGACCCCGGUGCUGGUGCCUUUGCCUAUCGGCAGGGCUUUGUCAUCCACUUCUCUGAGGUCCCCCGUAACGAUACCUGCCCCGAGCUGCCAGACAUCGCCAACGGCUGGAAGACAUCCUCACAACCGGAGCUGCUCCAUGGCACCGUGGUCACCUACCAUUGCUACCCUGGCUUCCAGCUGACCGGCACCGACCUCCUGAUGUGCCACUGGGACCUGACAUGGAGCGGCGACCUGCCCACCUGCGAGCGGGUGACCUCCUGCCGGGACCCCGGGGACGCCGAGCACAGCCGCAGGGUGGUCUCCAGCCCCAGAUUCCCGGUGGGAGGCACCGUGCAGUACAUCUGCGACAAGGGGUACAUCCUGGCGGGCAGCGGGACCCUGACGUGCCACGAGCGGGCCGCGGGAGGACCCAAGUGGAGCGACCGCCUCCCCAAGUGCAUCCCGGAGACCUACGAGCCGUGCCACAACCCCGGCGUGCCGGCGGGCGGGCGGCAGAGCCCCGAGCGCCGCCUGUACCCGGCGGGAGCCACGCUGCGCUUCUCCUGCGCCGACGGGCGGGCGCUGCUGGGCGAGAGCAGCCUGCGCUGCCUGCCCGGGCACCCGUCGCGCUGGAGCAGCUCCCCUCCCAUCUGCAAAGCGGCCUCCUAUGACGAGUUUUACAGCAACCGUAACCUGGAUGCCGUGGCCAAGGCUGUGCCAUCGGGACCAGCGCUGGAGGGCACCAAUGUCGCCAUCGCCGUCUUCCUGCCCGUCCUGGUGGUGGCCCUGCUCAUCGGGGGCAUUUACCUCUACUUCUCCAAGCUCCAGGGGAAGCCGUCCCUGCAGCUGCCCCUUGCUGGCUCCCACCCCUAUGACCAUAUCACCGUGGAGUCGGCUUUUGACAACCCCACCUAUGAGACAGGAUCUGUUUUCUUUGCAGGACACAAGGGAAUAUGAAGUGUCCAUCUAGGAGUGGGCAGCGUGGAGCCGGGCACUGCAGCCACCCCUCCCGGGCCCCCCCAUGCCCACCAGCCCCCCAGCACGGGCUGGGUCCACCUUUCCCAAUGAGACCCAAGCCGAGCGCUUGGUGGGACUGACCCAGCCCCAGCCCCCCUCUCCUGCACCCCCCAGCCCACCCGGACCCCCGUGGGGUCUGCCUGCGCCCCGCUGCCACCCGACCCCCACCCCGGGGUGCUGAACUGGGGGGGGGGUAUCCCCGAACCCCCAGCCA